AUUAAGUUUUGAUAUACAUCGCUUGGGUGCCUCGGGCGCCCAUCAAGGGCGGGAUACUCGCUAUCUUUUCACUUACGCUGGUUUUGUAGCCUGCAUGGCCGACGCUUUGCCAAUAUGUCCCAUCCCAAGCAACUCCGACAUCGCAGGGAUUGGCGUCCGAGCUGCAACCUAUCUCCAGGCAUGCCUUGCCUUGUUUAUGGGGUUUUCAAGCGUUGUUUACCGUACAGCGCACUUCUCGUCCACUUAUUGGGCCGGUGAAAAAGGAGACGACUCGAUGUCGGUAAUCGAGGAAAGGGCUUUCCAAGUUCCUCCGGCUCUCACAUCAGCUAUAAAAUCUGUGGAGAGUGCUCUCUUUGUCACCAGUAUAUCCGUAAUCAUUGGUGCAAUGAUCCAAGCAAGGUCGUCCGAGGGCCUUAGCUCCUACCACGCGCUUGUCGUCCUAAACUUGGCCCAAAUCAACAGUUACACGGCCUACCUUCUAUUUCUGUGUCGACUAACUAUCGAUGACCCUGGGGCCACAGGCAUUGUCUUCCUCAGACUGAUGCUCAGGAUAGCCCUACGCAACUAUGUCCUGUUUGCGGUCCACGCAUGCAUGAUGGGAGCGUUUGGCUUAUGGUUCUGGGGUAACAGUAGUGCAUUCUUGCGCUACGCUUCCAGUAAUGAACCGUGCAACCCAGUUUCGCUUUACUGGAUAUUCACGCCAGUGCUUUCAAAUAACCAAGCCUUGCGCAUUUUCUUCCUAAUAUACUACUCCGUUUCUGCAUGUCCACCCAUCGCUUUCAUGGUCCCAAUGGCAAUGACGGCUCUCAUCUUCGCUGUCGUAUGGAUCGUCCUGUACGCCCUUGCGUUCGUUUGUAUCAUUCUUUCUGCCCCCAUACUGUUGGCCUUAUAUUUGUCCGGCCGUAACAUUCAGAAAUGGUUGGACAGCAAGUCUAAAUCCCUUUCGAACAAGUUCGAGGCCAUGCUCGAUCUUUCCAAAGUGAAGUGGGGAACGGCAGUGGGAGGGGCGUUAUGGUUGUUACCGAUCAACCUUCCAGUUGUCUUCUACAUCUAUGCUACGGAGAAGAUGAUUAGGAUGAACAGGUCAAACUUGGACGACGCGGGAGCGGAAGCUCAAUGGUCUUAUGGGCAGACCCUAGCGCUCAUCACAGCACUGGUGACUGUGGUGUUCUUCCUUAGGGAUGUGUGUAAGCUGGUGAUAGAGCUGCUGCGACAUAGCGCAAAACUUCAGAGUAUUUUGCGUCCUAAUGGGAAUGGGAAUGAUAGCAGCUUGAGUUUGAGGAGGUGCAGGACGGUUUAGCUUCAUCUACUAUGCUGGCAUGGUAUCUUUAUGGUUUCGUGAGCUAUAUAUCCUAUCGCCUCAAAAAUAUACUGAUGUUGUGCAGCAUAUAGUAUACAGUCUGUGUAGAAUGUUUACGAAUCUACGCAAGUUGCGUUACUACUCGAAUGUGUGUCGGAGGCAAUUGGUCCUUGGAUCUCAGCGAAGCUCGAACGAUCGUCUUCAUUGGAAAGAAUCGAAUCAAUUUUUGCCGCCC